UUUUUCUUGGAUUUUGUUUGAAAAAUGAGAGGAAAUUGUUUGAUAAGUGUUUUUAUAUUGAUUGCAAUUAUAUGUGAAUUGAGUUUUGCCUUCAAUAAGUACUCCAAAGAAGCAAAUGUGAAGCAAUUGUCGAAACCCUUCCGCAUGAAGAAGUUGAACGACUUCUGGGAGAAAGCCAUUCAUAGUCUCGACGAAAGCAAACUCAAGAAUCUGAUGGCAGAUCUGAAAGUGCAGGACAAGGAGGAGAUCACUCUCAAGAAGUUCAAAGCUGACGGUCAGGACAAGGAUGGCAUUAAAGAGGCACAGGUUAGGAGACAAUUGGCGGCUAUAUUGCAAAAGUAUGGAUUGGCUGACGAUUACAAGAGUACUAAACAUCUGGACAAUAGUGCCGGUGAUGUACCGGAUAACACAGAUUCGGACAAAUAUAUUGAGAAACAGAUAUUUCGAGACAAAAAAUUGGAUAAAUUGUGGAAAAAGGCACAAAGUUCUGGUCUGAAUGACGAGCAGUUGUUGAUACUGAAGGAUGAGUUAAGACACCACGAGCUGAAGAUUGAACAGUACAACCAAUUGAUUGCUGAUAUAAAUGCGGCCGAAAAUGGCAAGACAUCCAAUGGUGACGACCGGGAGAACUCUAUCAACGCUAUUAUGAAUGAAGAGGAGAUUAAACCCGUCGACGAUAAGGACUCUCAUAAAGCCUUAAAGAAUAAACACUUUGAAAUCAAAGAGGAUUACAAACGAUUGAGUGAUAAAGUGCUGAAUAGUGCCGAAGCUUUCAAGUCAUCCAAAGACGAGUUUGAGGAGAAAAAGGCUCAAAACCUGUGGGAAUUGGCCCUCAAAUCAGACUUCACUAAAGAGGAACUCAUUUCAUUGCGCGAAGAAUUGGAUCACUUCGAGAAUAGGAUUAAGAAAUUGAGACACUUUGAGACACAACUGGAAGUGGACUCAAUGAAUGGUAAGCAUAUGAACCAAAACGUCGAUAUGGCUGUCGAUGACGACAAACAUGUGAAGAGAAAAGUGAAAGAUCUGAAGCAUAAAGUGAAUAAACUUCACAUCGAAUUGGAGACCAGAAUAAUGCAAAGACAUAUUGAAUUGUAGACCAAUUAUGCAUUUCUUAAAUUUUAUACAGUAUUUAUUUAUCUGUCAAACAAUUGAACC